AGAGCGUUGCCAUUAUCUUCUGGUUUUCAUGCUGUCAGAAGCUCACAUCCUUCUUUUCUACGACCUAAAAUAUCCCAGCUGGGGAAAUGUAAAGACGACGACUCGAUUAGAAACAUGUAAUUCAUAUUACAUGUUUCUAUGCGCUCAUCUAGCAUUAGCUACGGAGCUAGGUUACAUCCUUUCAACUUGUUUGCUGGCAGGUUAGCUACGACAGCUAACUUCGCUAUGUGAACUAACUAAGCCAGUAAAGUGGUGAUAACGCAAGUCCCUGCAACUCUGUGCAAAUGUUUGGCUCUUCGAUUGGAUAGGUGUUACAAGGUGCUCUCAUGUGCCCAUGGAGAAGGCGGCCUUUGAGGGGUGGCUGGAGUCAGUCUCUGCCACUUACCUUACUCUAAAUGACCAGCAGCGUAACCAGUCUCUGGACCACCUUAUAUCUUUAAGCGGUGCUGCACAGCUCCGUCAUCUGUCAAAUGGACUGGAGACGCUGCUCAAACGUGACUUUCUGCGCCUCCUUCCUCUGGAGUUGACCUUCUACCUGCUGCGCUGGCUCGAUCCUCAAACCCUGCUCACCUGCUGCCUAGUCUGCAAACAAUGGAAUAAGGUGAUAAAUUCAUGUACAGAAGUGUGGCAGGGUGUGUGUCGGAAGCUUGGAUGGAGGAUUGAUGAGUCCAUUCAGGAUGCAUCACACUGGAAGGGGGUCUACCUGAAGGCUAAACUGCGUAUGAUGCAACUAAAGGAUCAGGAAGCCUUUGAGACAUCAUCACUCAUUGGCCACAGUGCUAGAGUAUAUGCUCUCUACUAUAAGGAUGGCCUCCUCUGCACAGGGUCUGAUGACCUCUCUGCUAAGCUAUGGGAUGUGCGCACUGGACAGUGCAUUUAUGGAAUUCAGACACACACAUGCGCCACAGUGAAGUUUGAUGAACAGAAGCUGGUGACUGGGUCCUUUGACAACACCAUUGCAUGCUGGGAGUGGAGCACAGGAGCUAAAAUCCAGCAGUUCCGGGGCCACACAGGAGCAGUGUUCAGUGUAGACUACAAUGAUGAGUUGGAUGUGCUGGUCAGUGGUUCAGCAGACUUCUCUGUGAAGGUCUGGGCUUUGUCUGCUGGUGCUUGUCUCAACACUCUGACUGGACACACUGAGUGGGUCACCAAGGUAAUACUACAGAAGAGUGAAGUAGAAUCAGUGGUGCACAGUCCUGGUGAUUACAUCCUCCUAAGUGCUGACAAGUAUGAAAUUAAGGUCUGGCCUUUAGGCAGAGAAAUAAACUGUAAAUGUUUGAAGACACUGUCAGUGUCAGAGGACCGCAGCAUCAGCCUUCAGCCUCGCCUGCAAUUUGACGGACGCUACAUCGUCUGCAGCUCUGACCUUGGAGUUUAUCAGUGGGACUUUGCCAGUUUUGAGAUUCUCAGGGUGAUAAAAAUGCAGGACCCAGCCAACCUGUCCCUGCUCAGCUUUGGUAAGGUGUUUGCACUCCUUUUCGACAACCACUUUCUGUAUGUGAUGGACCUGAGGACAGAGGCUAUCACAGGCCGCUGGCCUCUACCAGCCUACAGAAAAUCCAAACGAGGAUCCAGCUUCCUGGCUGGUGUGACCUCUUGGCUCAACGGCCUGGACGGCGGCAAUGACUCUGGACUAGUGUUUGCCACGAGCAUGCCCGACCAUAGCAUUCACUUAGUUCUCUGGAAGGAGAACGGAUAGAAGCUGACAAAGUGUCCAAACCCCAGAAUAUUAGAACAUGAGCCACCACCACAUGUGCUCUGGAAUCUUAACUGCCAAGAUAGAUCAUGCAUGGACCAAAGCCUUUUGCUGUUAUUUGUUUCUUCCUUAGCAUACAGUCCGCUUCUAGACACAAACACGAACAGUCACAAAUGGAAAUGGACAGUAAACCAAGACUGACAAUGAAAUAUUACUGUUGUGAAAGAUUGGGUGCUGGAUCAACACUUGGUCCUUAUUUCUGCAGAGUCCUGAUAACCUCUCCGUGUUCUUCUAAUCUGGGGCAAAGACAGUGAAAACAGACUUCUUGAAGAACACACUGUGUUAGCAACAACAAAAACACAAGGCAUCAAAGUUUCUAAAAUAAACACAAACAUAAAAGCUAUCCUUUAAUGAACUGAGAUGUUGAAGACUAAAAGUGUUUGGCAGUUUUGCUCUGUGGUCAGUUUGGCAUUGUGAAGCAAUGAUAUAAAUAUAUUUGUAGUUGACUUUAAUCCAUAGUCUAGUAAUUUGAUGCCAUCUCUGCCCAACCUUUUCUUACUGGCAUAAGAUGAAUUCACAUGCGCUGUACAUGUACACGUAGUGUUCUACGCACAUAGAUGUAGAACAUGUUCAAUGCCAAGUUGAUCUCCAAGCUGACUUACUGAAACAUUGGUGUCCUAGAAGAAAAGCAAGGUUGCCUUAAACGCAGUUGCUGUAAAUAAAGGAGAGCAUCUUCUUUGAUGUCAAAUGGUGGCAUCAAGAGAGAUUCCCUGAUAUUGUUGUAGACCAUCCCAAGGCAGAAGCUGCAUGCUGAAUUGUCAGUUAAAAAGUGGUCUGGUACAUUGUGUACCAUGUAAAACAUUCAGAAUUUUCAUGUAAUUCCAAUGAAUAUGCUUUUCUAAAGGUUGUCUGGUUUAAAUGUCAGCCUGAAAUUAAAUGUGAUGUGCCUUUUCCGUUCAUUUGAUGUUACAACUACAAUUCCUUGUUAACUCUGGCACAUUGCAGUAAAGUUAUGACUGCAUUGUAAAUUUCACUUGUGUUAAUUUUCAUAUUUACUGUGCUCUAACAGUUUAUGUGAUAUGAUGUCUGUAAUUUUCUAGCUAUCUACCUGACAUGACUUGCUCAUAGAAUAGCUUUUAUGAGUCACUGACUGUGUUAAACAUCAGGUUUAUUUUUGUAAAAGACCUCAAUACAUCACACAGCUGAGGAAGUGACUUGGCAGGUAGUCAGUUCUGUGCAAAACUACUAUUUUAGACAUGAAAGAAAUUUGAAUAGAUGGAUCUUUUCAACAAUAGGUGAAACUGUGAAGUAUGUCUCAAUUUGGAUUUCUGCUCCUUCUAAACUAAGACUUUAAUCAUCAAUGAAUGUUGAGCAGAGAACUUUCCUUCUAAAUUUGCAUUGGCUGUCCCCAGAUCAUCUCGGAUCAAAAUAUAUCAUAUGCACCAGAUUUAGUGUAUGCCUGAUCCAUUUGUUUCGUAUACAGGCUGAGGUAGAGAAUCUGGGUUGCCAAUGAAAUCACAAUGUGAGGGAUAGCCUCCUUCGACAGUAUUAUUUUUUGACAAUUUGGUCAAUAUUUGUGCAAUACUUAUGUCACUGAAGUAGGAAAUGCUCUUUAAGAGGCUUUUUUACAUUGAAUAUUUGCACACUGUUACUGCAGUACACCCACCCCACCAUGGCUGUUGUCUUUGAGCAUGUCUGUAAUUUUCUAGCCAUCUAUCUGACAUGACUUGCUCAUAGAAUAGCUUUUAUGAGUCACUGACUGUAUUAAACAUCAGGUUUAUUUUUGUAAAAGACCUCAAUACAUCACACAGCUGAGAAAGUACGUGAAGUAGUCAGUUCUGUGCAAAAUACUAUUUUAGGACAACAGCCAUAGGAGGAAACAUUUUAAAAAGAUUGUAUUCAACAUUACAAAAGUAACUUUGUGCAAAAAAAAAAAAUAAAGUAAACAUGCGUCCUAAAAGAGCAUUUCCUGCUUCAGUGACAGAAGUAUUGCACAAGUAUUGACCAAGCUGUGAAGAAUGAACACUGUUUAAGGAGGCUAUCCCUCACAUUGUGACUUCCUUGGCAACCCAGAUUCUUUCUUAGUCUGGCCCACAGAAAACCUACCCAGAAAUUAAUCUGAUUCUGAACCCCUGUGAGCAUUCUCAACAGAAUCUUCAUUCCACAUGUUUUCACAUGGAUAAAUGCGUACAACAGAAGUUUUGUUUAGGUUUCUUUUUAAAGCUAGUUAAAACACCAUAAACUGGUGCUGGACCAUUGCAUUACAUUAUAUUUUCUGCCCUGCAGCAUUUAAUUGAGAUAAAAUAUGCAGUCAUAUGACUUGUAUGUAAAGUGUCAAACUAAACAGACUAGGAGAAAAAUGCUAAAUGGGACAUAAAUGUUUUUGUUCAUGUAUCUUUUCAGUUCAUUUUAUUGCAUUCAGCACUGCGUUGUUUAUAUCACAAAAUCUUCUGCACUAUCAUAGCUCUCUCACCAGCGUCUGUCUAUAUUCUGCUUUAAUACUGCAGUCUUUCAAAUAUAUAACAGUAUCAAAAGAA